AUGUCAACAAACGCCAGAGACAUUCCCGCCAUAAAGAAAGCUGAACCUGGAACGCCACUUCCACCAAAUUACAGUACAACGCCUUUAGGGACAAUUUAUUCUAGCACACCUGGAGGAUCGAAAAUUAUGUAUGAUCGUACCACAUUACUUAAUCUUGCUAAUUCUCCAUUGGCAAAAACUCCACCAUCUAACCUGGCUUAUGUUCCUGGAGUAACAAAAGUUCCCUAUCAUGUGAACAAUGAUAACUCAUCAAAACCCGAUCAUAAUAACAAUAAUACGGCAAUUCAGGUAGAAGGACAUUUAGCUCCUCCAAAAGUUCAUCCCUUUCCUGGACUCCAGCAACAAGGUGGUAAUGAUAAUAAACACAAUGACACGGCUGAUGGUGAAAGUGGUGAUGAAGAUGUUCAUGAUAACAAAGAACAUCAAGAUCAUGGUGUAUUUGAUAUGGAUAUGGAGUAA